AUGGACAGGGACUUGCCACCGGAGAUCUGGAGACUUGUACUCGAAUCACUUCCGCUGGAAGACAAGAGAACAUGCUUGUUCGUAUCCCGUCCCUACUACACCAUCGUCGUUGCUUCUCUAUUUCGCCAUAUUACCCUCCACUUCGGGCUUUGGCAGCCGCCACACAUCGAACGGACGAGCGAAGACCUUUCGGAGCUUGUCGACCUGAACAACCGUACCUGGGAACUCUUGUAUCGUAUCUCUACUACUCCGUCUUUUGCGACGCACGUCAGGAAGCUGAAUGUGCACUUCUACCCGGAAGACAACAACUUUUGCAUCUUCGAGCUCCGACAACUGGAGCAAGCAAUCCAUGCACUAGCGCCCUCUCUCUGCUCGGUCGAUUGGUUCGGUUCACCACCACCCGACCAUUCCUCGUUGUUGCGUUCUCUUGCACAGGACACCGGUGCCACGCUACAACAUCUACGCCUCCCAAUCGAAGUGGUCUCAAACAACGCUCUAGUCUCCUUCACCAACCUCCGCUCGCUGAUCUUGCAUCCUGAUCCCGAUCACCUUUGGGACCUUUACCACGCCAACCUGAUCAAAGAGUCUACCGUGCAGUCCGUUUGCUCAGCGGUGUCCAACAACGCUCCGACUCUACAUCACCUGUCAGCGGUUGGUGAUCUCGUCAUGAUGUUCCCUCCCCGCGCCUUCAUAGACGUCAAUGUCUUGGAGCUCACACAUACAGGCAUUCUUGACGGGCUUGCUCUCAUUCUCCGACACUGCGAGCGCCUUUGCGAUCUCGCCCUCAUACUUCGUACGAUCAUGCCAUCCACCGUCUCGGGGCUUUCUGAGGCCCUUGUCCCGGACACGCUGCCGUUUCUCGAGUCGUUUAGAUUCAACUGCGCAGAAGAAGCCUCCGUGCCGGCGGUCCUCGAAGUUAUCAGCAAGUUUCUUGCUGGACGGCACAUCUUGAAGCGUCUUGACAUCAGUCCCGCGGACGUCGAAGACCAAUUUUGGUCGGGUCUCCCUCCAUCUCAGCCGAUACUCGGCAUGCUGCACACGCUCCCUUCCAUCAAAGCGCUCGCGCUCGGGUUUGAGGCCGAGAUCACAACCGAGACGAUCGAGCAGCUCAGCUCGUGCGUUCCAAUGGACAUAAACGCGUUCCGCAUCGGCGGGUUCGUCGUCCGUGACUACCUCAUCGAGAACGCCUUCCUCUCUUUCGUGCGCUGCAGGACCUCCCUCGGCUACCUGCACAUCUUCAACCCGCACCCGGUCGGGAUGGACUACAAGCUCCAGCUCCUCGAAGACCCGCCGCCCGCGCUCGAGCUGUACGGCUUCGGGCCGUAUCUGCGCUGGCUCGUCCCCGGCCCGGACGGGCCCGACGCGUACCCGCCGCGACAGUGGACGGAGCACUGGCCGCCCCGCAAGGUCACGUUCCGGACGGUGGAGGAUUUUGGCCGCGCGGACUGGGAGUGGCUCCUUCGGCACAAUGGGAGAUGGGACUAUCAUUCUAUGCCGCCGGGAGCACGUGUGCAGCUGUAG